AUGUCUUUAAGUGAUUCAAGUUCUGAGGGAAGUUUUAAUUCAGAAGAUUCUGAGGCAGAUUUGGCCGAAGUGGAAGAUGAACGACAGUGGAACGAAGUGAUCGCGAGUCGCAAGUUUCAUGUGAAAGCCUGGAAAAGGACAUUGCAUAUGCCGAUCAACCCUUAUGA